AUGGCUAAAGUUCGCAAGUUUUUUGACAAGUUAAUCACCGAACCUAGCAAAUACGGCACGAAAACAAAAGUUGAAGGACCAAACUAUAAUCCAUACAUUGACAAGCUGCUCUCUCGUCAACUGCAACAGAGCUUGAAUCAAAAGAAGGCAAAGAAGAAAAAUCACCUGUACAAUAACUUACACAAUGGGCUGAUUGAAUCGCACAAUGGAGAUGGCCAUAAGGAUGUGGAUCAGGAACUGUUGACGACAUCAUCGAAGCCAUACUCUUCAUUGAAACUGGCUUCCCCACCAAUAUCACCCGUGCACUCACUCCGACAAAGCUUUUUUGCCAAUACAAACAAGACACAAGUAAAUAACUCUGCAAGUGAAGUAAAGUCAAACACCAUUACUGCUGACCACCCACAUCAACUUGACUCGAUAUCUUCAUUAGAAUUGCUGCCAAUUGGAUCUGCUUCAUCAAUAACCCUGAGUUUUAAUUUACCAACAAUUGCCCAACACGAUGCUUUCUACUCUCUUGUUAAAAUUGACAAGUUUAAGUUUUCACAACGUGGCACAUUGUUGAACUUCAAAACGAGACACGGUAAUGGACUGGAUAUUUAUGUUUGUGAUGAAAAUGGAAGAAAGAUUAGAAAAAGAAGAAGUAGACGUAAAAGAAGAGGUGUUCGAAGGAGGAAAAGUUUGACUAGUUGUAGUCUUCUAGAAGGUGAGGACGGUGAAGGUGAAGGUGAAGGUGUUGGGCACGGCAGCGAUAAAGUGGUUGAUUGUGUUGGAGUUGUUUGCAAGACUGGGGGUGGUGCACGCGAUGAUGUAUCGUUUGUGUCAAUUGCAACUACGGCAACCACCGCCACAACAAUGACAGCAUCAAUUAAUGGUGCUGCUGCUAGUGAUGCAGUAAGACCAUUAGCGACUGAAUCUGACCAAAAAGGUAGAAGCCCAGCCACCACUAAGCCAGUCAACAUCUCCAUACCUACUGAGAUGACAAACACAAGUUUAUCAGCUAAUGGGAAAACUAAAACCAAAACCAAAACCAAAACACCUUCUACCCCAACUGCACCGGCAACUCCUUACGGCUCCCCAGCUCGAUUUGGGAGCCAAUUUGAUCCCUGUUUCAAUGUCAAUGAUUUCAAGGUAAAGAUCAUUCCCGAUAUGGCAUCAUACCAGCCAAGCUUUCUCCACAAGCGCAAUUCAAUGCGGACGUUGGAGUCACGAGUAGCUACCCCGAAUACGAUUACCAAUACAACCAACACGACAAACAAUAGCAAUGGUACAAAGUUACCGACUGGAUCAUCGCCAUCAGCAGCAUCUUCGUUUGUUGAAGACAUCAAAUCUACAACCGCUUCUUUCCAUCAUCAAGAAGUUGAGUUUGGUAAGAAAUUCACUUGUGUUGUCGAAGAAGGAUUGAAAUCGUCUUCACUUAGUGCACAUGCAUCAAUCCGAGAUAUCAAGACUGAGCUAAAUGAUGGAAAGCCAAGGGGCGGGUCAGGAAGUCGAGUUGCAUACGAAAUUGAUGGUUCUGAUUUGCAUCUGCUGUCACUGAUGCAGUUGCUGAAUUAUGCUAUUGAUUGUAACGAGGUUAGAGAAGAGAAUGCUCCAUUAUUGGGUAAACAAGUUGCAAAUGAUGCUGGCGACUCCCGAACAGGAGAUGUUGAAUAUAGUGAAGGUGCUACUGAACUGACGUUGUCAUUUGGUGGCGAUGGUGGUGAAUCGCAGAAUCUCAGUGUUGGUGCUAAUACUCCAUCGCAAGAGCAACUUGAAAAAAAUGAUCAUAAGUGGAUUUUUCAAGUGAAGGACCGACUUCAUUACUAUUAUAAUGCAAAUUUGACUAAAUUGAGGCGUAUCAAACGACAUCAUCAAAAAAGUAAAGCUGGAGAGCAAGAUGAAGCAACUGAGAAGGCAAAAGCAAUUGCAUUUAACCAUGCUGAGCUCCCUUCUGCUAAUGUUGCAACUCCAACAACGUCGAAUUCAACAUUAAAUCUUCAAUCGGGUCUUUAUUCGCAUGAAAAUAGACGAUCACUGAAGAUCAAUGUCGUUGAAAAGGAGGGUAAUAAAAUGAUGAAGCUUGCUACUGCUGUGGAUGAGCUCAACCUCCAUAGCACAAGUUCCAUGCAACAUCACCACAAUGUCGAUUCUGACGGGUUUUACGUUGGUGAUGAAACUGAAAAAGAGGAUGAUUUGACUGGUGCGAUAUACUUUAUCAAGAAUGAUAAAGACGAUGAGGUACAGAGCAGUAGGAAAGAAAUUAAUGCAACAGCAACAACUUCGUCAUCUUCCAUACGCAUGUCCAAGUUGCUUUGUCAUCAUCGACAACAAUUGCAACGACUGUUUAAAUUUGCCCCUCUGCUGCUUACUAAAGCCAGCAAUCGAGUAGAAACAAAAGAAGGUGAAGAAGAAGAAGAAGACGACGACGACAAUGAUGACGCUUCCAAUAACGCUAGAGCGUCCAUUGGGCUACUCAAGGGUUCGAAUUUGCAAAAUGUCCUCAAACAUGGCUCUUCCUCAAGCAAGACGAUAUCAAACACAACGACAACAGUACAGCUCUCACAUAAUCAGACGCCGUUGAUUGAGUUGCAUUCGCCCGGUGAUGCGGAAGAAGAGUCGAGCUCUAAUGAUGGUGAUGAUGAACAAAGCUUUCAUGGGUAUGUUGAAAGUGAUGUUGCAUCGAGCGUUUUGAGUAUACAUAUAUGUGAAAGUGUUUAUUAA